AUGUUCCAACGCGAGAAAAAGCUUCGAGAAGAUGAUGUCACGAUAGCGAAUGCGUUAAAUAGACCUCCGAUUCGGCCCAUGACGAUAUCGCCGAUGAUCUCAACACGAACAUUUGGAUCACACAUCCCUGCUAUAGACGAGAACUAUGCUGUACAAGAGAAGAAAAUGGUCGUGGCUGGUGACGAUAGACGGCGACAGCCUUGGUGA